AUGUCUGCCAAUGACAAUGCCAUGACGAGAUUUCUGUUUGCCAUACUACGGCAGAAGAACCUGAAGGAUGUCGACUGGAACAAAGUGGCCCACGACCCAAUUUUGGCACAAGAGAUUACGAAUGGCCAUGCUGCCCGGAUGAGAUACUCUCGAUUUCGCUCAGCCAUGUUGGGCCUCGAGCCCCAGCGACGAAACCGAACGUCGAAGGACAAGGACAAAACCCGAGUCACCAAGUCUAAGAAGGAUCAGAAGGGCAGGAAAGACGACAAUGUCAAGUCGGAAUCGGUGGCCGACUCUGCGAGCAACGGAGAACCAUUUAAACAAGCUGCUCCCAAGAUCAAACAAGAGAACACACCAACUCAAAACACCUUCGAAAACCGCCUUACUCCAGGGGCCAUGUCGGCAGUACCGACUACAUCUGUGCCCCACGUCAUCCACCCACGACUCCUCACUCCUUGCAGCGAUACCGACGCUUUUGCCCCUUCCCAGGGUCCGACCUCAAGUCCAGCCAGCGAGAUGCUCAACCCUCAGGCAUCGUACUCCUUUCCAGCGCCUCACUACGGCCACGAGCAUACCAAUUGGCAGACUGGCGUCAUGUACCCUUUUGAUGCACCUCAAGACUUUGACCCAUAUGGGAUGGAAUGCGGACACCAGCACGUGCCGCACCACCCUGGAGACAUGUUUGCCCCUCACCACAUGGGCGACACUGAGGAGGGCCAUGCUAAUGUGAAGCAUGAGUCCUGGGAUGGCCACUGCUCUUGA